AUGGAAGCUUUCAUUUGCUGGAGGCAUAGGAACCAAAUAUUCCAAUUGUCAGCAUCAGGGAUUGGAAAUUUGGAAGCAGCAAUAAUCCAACUGAUGCCAACUUAUCUACUACCUGAUAAGGAAGAGGAAAUCAGGGAUGCUUAUUUUCGAUGUCCAAAAGAGAACAGUAGAUUUCUGUUUGUUGACAUGUGUCAAAGAUUGUUUCAAAACAGAAAAAGACACGAAAUCGUGGAGCAUGAAAAGUGGUACUGUGAUAUUCUUUCUAACGAAAAAAAGCGUGAAAGAUUGAUCAAAAGUUGGAUUAUCGAUAGAAACGAUUUACUGAAGGAAUGUUCUAGAAUUUUUGACCAUACCACAAAGCAGGCAUUGAGUAACGAAAUUAAAAACCAACAUUUGCAAUUAGAAAAAGAAAAAUCAGAAGCUCUUCACAAAAAGCUAAGAAACUGGCGAACCUCAGAAAAGGAAAAAAUUGAAAAGAUGCUGAAAGAUUUGGAUGAAAUAAACAGCAACGUCCGCAAAGAAAUUGCAGCUGAAACAACCAAGAAGAAAGAAAAAGACGCGAAAAUUAAAUUAAAACUGAAUUUUUCAGGGUGGAUGUAUUUUGGUAUGAGCUAUCCAACAAGUCCAUCACAUUUGGUGAGCUUCGAUUAA